CGAGUUUUUUGUUUUCUCUUUUUUUUUGUAGAUAGCUUUAAUUUCGUGGCAAAUCCUCCUCUUCUCUCUACGCUAGAGCUCUCUCCACUCCCCACUCUUUUUAUAGAAUGAACACAUUGAAAUUGGCGAGGCCAUUGUCCUCUUUUGUCGGUGCCGCUCAACGUCGCUCUCUGGCUCCUUUGACUGUGCGCUUCAUGGCCACUCCUUUCGCCAGCCAGGCUUCUCGAUUCAGCACCAGUUCAGUUAAUCGACAUGCCGCCCAUCGUGAAGACAAAAGCCACCAGAUCUCUGGCAAGCCUAUUGGCUCCCUCGACGUUGCUGCUCAGCAUCUUCUUCUCACUGAAUUGUUGAGAGGCAUGUGGGUCGUGUUGGAACAAUUCUUCCGUCCUCCGUACACUAUCUUUUACCCCUAUGAAAAGGGUCCUUUAUCGCCUCGUUUCCGUGGUGAACACGCCCUUCGUCGCUAUCCCACCGGUGAGGAACGUUGUAUUGCUUGCAAAUUGUGUGAAGCCAUCUGUCCCGCUCAGGCUAUUACCAUUGAAGCUGAACCCCGUGAAGACGGUUCGCGUCGUACCACUCGUUACGAUAUCGAUAUGACCAAGUGCAUCUAUUGUGGCUUCUGUCAGGAAGCUUGUCCUGUGGAUGCCAUUGUUGAAUCUCCCAAUUACGAAUACAUCACUGAAACUCACGAAGAACUUCUUUACAACAAGGAGAAGCUUCUGGCCAACGGUGACAAGUGGGAAGUUGAGAUUGCACGAAACUUGCAAGCUGAUCAUCCUUACCGUUAAAGUGGACAAUGACAUGGUGGAUAGGAUGUACAGUACAAAAACCUAGAAGUUUGAAAAAUCUCCAUUAAAAAAAAAAAGAUGCCCAUCAAUACAGACACAUACAAUUCACACUCGCCUGCAACAGAUGAUCGGAAACAUGCUAUUGUCCUUUUCCGUCAUAAAGCUGGUUCAAGCUUAUUGUUUUAAUCCGUGCGUACUGAGUAAAUAGAAAAAGACAAGCGAAGUGGUUUAGAUGAGAGCGGAUAUUCGAG